AUGCAUCUGAAGACGAAGAUCCCAAAUUUCUUAAAUGCUGAUCCGGAGAGGAAGGCCCAGAAUUGUAUACACAUAGAGAACGAGCUGAUACAGAACAUGCACAAGAUUUACCAGCAGCAGUGUGAAGAAGGUGGCAGCAGGAAGGGGGCUACCCCGUCAUAUCACCUGUUCGAUCACGAGGACUACGUGGACUUCCCCCCUUUUAACAUAACCCCCGAUGUACAUAGCAUCUGCGUUGAGUUGAAGCUAAAGUUGGACGUUACACAUGCAGAUGGAGAGGCCGAUCUCGAUUCGUCCAUAUAUCUUGAUAUCAACCCUAGGGGUGUCAUGUCUAGAAAUCAGCGAAGUGUUGUCUACCAGUAUAGGAGCACCCAGCCGAUGCGGGACAAGGGCCUCGACCAGCUCCCCAGGGAGCAGCGGAUGAAAUACUUCACCGCCCUGUCACACCAACUCGCCGGAAGAUCCAUCACCUUCCAAGGAACCACAUACAAGCUACUGAGCGUGCUACAGACGGCCAUCUACGGAGGGGUGUACCUCGCACAGGUGGUCGAAUCUUCAGAGGAUGGUUUAGUGAACAAAAAGAAGGCCAUAAAAAUUCUGUCCAAAAAUCUAAUCGAAUUAGCAAAGGAUAAGGUUCAAGAAGAUCCACUCUCAGAGUAUCACUACCGAAAUUGUAUGAGUGGACAUAGUAACAUCCUCAGUUGCGAUACCAUUUUUGACGACGAUUAUUAUGUCUAUAUGAUCAUGCCAUUUGCAAUCCAUGGAGAUCUAUUCGAAGUCAUGAAGAGUCGAAGUAAACCAUUCACAGAGGAAGAAGCAAAGUAUCUCUUUUAUCAGAUCCUAUUAUCGAUUAAGUUUCUACAUUGUAGGAAAUUAGCUCUAAGAGAUAUUUCUCUAGAAAAUGUACUUUUAUUUGAAAAUGAAAAAAAUGGAUUAAUUUAUCCUGUUCUUAAUGACCCUGGACAGGCAACCUAUUUCACUGUGAACAAGAAAAAUGAGGUUACCCUCUUAGAGUAUACAAAAACUUUUGGAAAGAUAUUCCGUCCUCCAGAGGUUUAUGAGAAAUGCAAAUAUGAUCCGACAAAGGUUGAUAUGUUUUGUGUUGGUUAUAUUUUAUAUUUUUGUUUGACUAAGCAGGAGUUGUUCAGGUGUACUUUAGGCAAGGAUGUGCAUUGGAAUAUGUUCAAAAGGAGACAGUACCACGAGUUGUUGAGGGAGAAGAAAGGACUGUACUUGUCAGAACCUGCAUUAGACUUCAUUUUUCGUUGCUUAGAACCCAAUUUUAAAAAAAGAAUUGAAAUUGGAGAGGCGCUGAGGCAUCCCUGGUUUAAGGGGAACUUCUUUCCGGUGCACAACCAGAGUUUGUUUCUGCUUCGGGCGGAGGGGGCGGCAGAUGGGGAGGACGCGGUGGACGCGCUGGAUCAGCAUAGCACCCCCAUGAGAGAAGAUCCCGCGAAAGGAGCCCCCGAGCCCAUCUUCAAACUCUCCAAAGAAAUCGAACGAUGCGCGAAAAGGAAGAACGUAGCUAUAGACAAAAACUCCUUCAUCAAAUUUAGCAUCUACGAGCAUGUGGUUGUUCCUCCUCCUGCCGCUCCCCCCCAGGUGUACUUCAGAGGGGGGAACAGCCCGUCCCCUUGUUUGAACAGUACACUCAGGAGGGAGUACCCCCCAGAGUGUGAUGAACUCCAUGCGGAGGGUGGCCGCAUCACUGGGGGCAAGCGCGCUGACCACACGCCAAACUGGGCCACUCCCAAGUGGACAGACCAUAACAGCACCUGCAAUGGGAACUCCCCUUACGUAGGAAGUCACCCGAACGUAGGCAGUCACCAGAAGGAGGCCUUCCCCACCAGCCUCACAAAUUAUCUUCGCGGCAAUGUGGCCAGGGGUGCUCACUACCCUUCCCCCCACGGCAUUUAUGCGAAGCAGCCUGGGGUUGUGAGGAAAUUACCCCCUUCGGUAGAGAAAGCAGAAUGGAUCAAGAAGUAUGAUGACUCUUCCUCUACCCACACGUAUCACACAAACUGGACAGAAGGAGACAAGCAAAGCACCUUUCAUGACUCACCACCAAGUUGCAGCCCAUUGAGAGAUAAGCCCAAAUCUAAUUUUAUAAUGAGCCAUAAAAAAGGUGCAUACAGAAUGAUCGGAAUGAAGAGGAAGAAACAGAAACUAAGUUAUGAUGAGGAAGCGGCAGGGGAAGCAGAAGCGGUAGGAGAAGCAACAGCAGCAGAAGCAACAGCAGCAGAAGCAACAGCAGCAGAAGCAGCACCAUCCGCAGCAGCAGAAAGAGGUGGUCGUCCCUCCGUUGAAAGCCCGGGCAGGAGCUUUCACGUGAUGGCUAGGCAGGCGUUACAAACGGAGGCACAAGGUGAUACACCCAAGACGGUGCAGAACAGCCCUCACAUGUUAAGAAAUGAAGCGACCUUCAAGGGGCGUGGACUCCUGAGUAUCUUCACGGAGAGGCAAUUACCCAAUGGAGGAGGACUACCAAAGAAUGGGAGAGUAGCCAAGAAUACUGAUUAUCCAAUUGGACAUUUCGAGGAAGGGUCCUUUAUCCAUGUGGACGAGGGAUACCAUACUGGUUGGGGAAAUAUGUCGAGGAAGAAUACCCCUCUAGAGUGGAAGAAAAAUAUAAGUGAAAAAGGAGUUAACAAAUGGGAGAGAGACCAAGCCGACAUGAUAAUGACGAUGCAGGGAGGUGGGUACCAAAAUGGAUUACUUAACAUUCAACAGAGGGACAAUGGAAAGAGAGAAUAUAUCGACCAUGUGGGAGAGAUGGCACCUCCUCAGGGUGAGACAUCAUGGGAGGUGAAACUCAGAGAUAGGUGUAGAGACGUUCACAUGGGAGGAUUCCAAAACGAGGCAGAAGAAGCAUACACAGUUGAGCUGGAAGGUGUUUUCUCCCCCAUGAAUAGAAGCCCACUCCACGAUGUCACAGUUGUAACAGGAGGAGAUACUCCCCAAAAAACAGAUCGGAUGGAUACUAACCAUUCGUAUGAAAAAAAUGAAGAAACAAAAAAUACCAUCCGCUAUAAUCCAAAUGGAGGAAAAAAUGGAAACGAUUUUUUUCAUUUAAAUAAAGUGAUGAUCGCAGAAAGAAACGCACCAUACAGAGUGGGUAACCUGGGGGAGGAAGCUCCUCCAAAUGGACUACACAAUGGUGUAGAUAUCCACAGGAGAGUAAAAAGGUGGUGUAGUUUGGGAGGAAGGGAGGUAGUCUGGAAUGACUUCUAUUCUCCGAAGGGUGUCUUCACUCCUUGCAAAGAAAAUUUGCACAGCGGGGAAAGAACACCAAGCGUAUGUGCAGGUAGUCACACAGAUCAACAUCCUCAUCUAGGGGAGUCCAAAGAAAACGUUAAGGGAACUCCAUCGGAUGGAGAAAUCCACAAGGGGGAGGAGUUCCCUCCACACAGAGAUGCAUCCUACGGCUACAUAAACAUGAAGGACAAAAGGGAUUCUCCAAGAUUGAGUUCCCCAUCGUGUGUGCAUUCCAACUGCUCAUCAUCAUCGUGCGAGGACAACUAUUCUGAUGUAGUAACUAGCCAUGCUGAAUCACUCAAACGGUGCGCAUCCCCGAACAAGUGUGAAGAACAGAAUCAAACGGGUUCUAACUCGUUCGAUAGAUGUAGCCAGGGAGAGUCAAGGCAGAUGUGCAGCAUUGUGAGUAGGAGCGCGUCCUGUUCCAUGGACCAGGGGAAGGGAAGAACCUCGUCCGACAAUUUAAUUACAACUAUGUCGUCGUGCUUGUCCGAGGUUGACUUAGAAAUAGACAUGGCGAAUAUGAAAAGGGAGUGCCCCACUCCGGAUGGCUCCAAGGAUAGGACGUGCACCCUGCAGGGGGGCGAGGCGGCUCCGAUGUGCGGUGAGAUGGUGUGUGAUGAGAUGGUGUGUGAUGAGAUGGUGUGCGGUGAGAUGGUGUGCGGUGAGAUGGUGUGCGAUGAGAUGGCGUGCCGUGAGAUGGCGUGUGGUGAGAUGGCGUGUGGUGAGAUGGCGUGUGGUGAGAUGACGGAUCAUAGACCUCUCUCCGGUGAACCCCACGACGAGGAGGAAGACUUCAAAGACGCGCUGGAGUACGAACUGGAACACGAGCUGGAGAGGGAGAUCAGGGAGGAGGAGCGGCAACUCGAGAGAGAGCUGGAAGUGGAGCUGGAAACGGAGAUGGAGAGGGGAGCAAAGGUGGAAGCGGGCGUUGAAUCGGGCGUUGAAUCGGGCGUUGAAUCGGGCGUUGAAUCGGGCGUUGAAUCGGGCGUUGAAUCGGGCGUUGAAUUGGGUGUUGAAUCGGACGUGGGAUCGGGCGUGGGGUAUGGCGUGAAGUCAUGCGUAGAGUUGGACGGGGUGCCAUAUGUAGAGCUAGACGUUGAUCCAUACGUAGAUCCCGAUGCCGUUCGGCUACAUGCGGUGUCUUCCUGCGCAUCCAACGGGGGGAAGCUGGACCGCAAGGAGGCCUCUGCAUGUGGAAAGGAGAAAGUUAGAAACGGCUCGGGUGGCACGUUGAAGGAGCAGAAUGAAUCCCUGUCAGAUGUGGAAGGCCAACCUGAUUGGUCCCCCGAAUGGUCCGCCGAUUGGCCCGCUGAUUGGCCCGCUGAUUGGCCCGCUGAUUGGCCCGCUGAUUGGCCCGCUGAUUGGCCCGCUGAUUGGCCCGCCGAACGGUCCCCCGAUUGGCCCCCCCAAUGGGAAGAGGGCAACGCAGUGAAGGUGCACCCAAACAACACAUGGAGCCAUUCCACUAGCACCAAAAAAGGGAACCAAGAAAUUAAAAUAGCAUGUAAAAACUCAGUUAGUGGUAAGAAAGCACAACAGGUAGGAGAGCACAUGGUGGAAGAAGACACGAUGAAAAAACGUGAAGCAGUAUCUGGGAUCUCGACAAAGAGAAGAAAUUCUCCAUGUAAGUUCCACCUGAGAAAAAAAAAGGCCAAUAACAAAAUGAAGAAAGUGUGUUUUUCUUCCAACCCAGAAAAAAAAAAGAGCAAAAUUGUAAGGCUUCAAAAAUGUGUGCUCAGUGAAGGGUUAAGGAGCAGUCGGAGUGGACCUGUAAAAGGGGGGACCCCCAAAAGUGGGAUCGCCAGUAAGGGGGUCGCCACAAAGGGGGUCACCAAUAAGGGGGUCACCAAUAAGGGCAUCGCUCAUAAGGGGACCUCCGCAAAGGGGAUCGCUAAUAAGGGGACCUCCGCAAAGGGGAUCGCUAAUAAGGGGACCCCCGCUGCCGAGAUCGGCACCACCGGGACCGCGAGCAGCGCCAAGCCGCACCCCUUGGGCAAACACGCAGAAGCGCUUCAUCGAAAAGGCAGGGACGAACCGAACGACAUGGGCUCCAUUAUCGAGUGCACGAGUAGGAAGGGGGCGCCCCAAACGAAGGCGAAGAUUUCCAGCGAGAGGAAGAAGUAUUUAUCGAAGCGGCACACCAUAUCGGAGCUGCGUCUGGGAGGUGGCAACAUGGGCGUCAGUAUCAGCGGCAGUACCAGCGGUGGCAUCGGCGGCAAUACCAGCGGUGGCAUCGGCGGCAAUACCAGCGGCAGCAUCAGCGGCAAAAUCCACAGUGGAAAAUCAGCAGGGGGGAAAAGCACUGCACUGCAUCUGCCUGACACUAGGACCACCGCGGAGGCGCUCCGUGACGUGGGGAAGAGACAUACCAUUUCUAACGCGACGAGCGAUGGGAAGGGUCGAGAAGGUGUACAGGCACGUUCGGUGAAACCAAGGUGCGGUGGGGACUAUCUCCCCAAGGGGGGCAUAAGGAGCAUGCAGAUGCUCCCCGCCUCGAGGGGAACAGUCGGGAGGAUUAGCCUGAAAGCUGGUGCGAAGGCGGGAGAUGGCACCCGUGGUAGUGUCCGCGGCGGCAUCCAUGGUAGCACCCGUGGUAGUAUCCACGGCGGCGUCCGUGGCAGUGUCGGUGGAGUGCUCGCUAGCCAGGUAGCCAAGUGGAACGGAAAACGUGCAGAAACGAAAACGCAAAGGAACCACAACCAGGAGCACAGAACCCUUGUAGAACAGCGGAACCAAAAGGAGCUAUUCAAGAACCAUGUGGAUAAAGAAUUUAAGCGCAAGGAAAAAAGCACUCUCGUAGAAUCGCUCCGAGGUGGUGAAUCACCCACGGAGGAGUCGACCACCAUAGACGGGGACAGCCUCCUCCAAGGGUUUAACACCACAGGGUAUUAUGCAAAUGGGGGAGAGGUAGAUGUGGACCACGGAUUAGCUAGCGAGGAUGAAGCGCAUAUAGCGGCUGAAAGGGAGGAAAGGGAUUUGCUGAAGGAUGAUUUGCCCCCAAUGUGGGAGAGAGGUGAACUGGGCAAACAACACAGUGCAGGCGAAAGGGAGCAAGGCUGCCAAGAAGUGCUGCCACAUGGGUUAGCAGCAAAUGAGGUCCCUUCACAUUGUAGAAGCGGCGUGGGUGAAAAAACGGCCGAGCGGGUAAAGGGUAGAAGCACUAGGACGGUAGGGAUCCCUUUGGGGAAGGACUACACGAAGGACAAGCCCGCUUUGAGGAGAGACCCUCGUGUGGUGGUAACCCCCAGACAGCUGAAGGCCAAUGUGAAGAAGCGUCCGGAAGAGACAUCAAGGGGUAGAAGGAAAGCAGAUGGAAAGACCAGAAUCUCGAGUGAUGAGUUGGUACUGAAUCGAUUUUUGGCUGAGAUGGGGGGGCAUAUCCCUGAAAGGGGGUCCAAACGGGACAGCGUGAAGAAGGGAAGCUCCAAAGGUAUCCAAACGAACAAAGGAAUCGCACACGGGGAAAGGGGAACCAAUUUGAUAAAGCAAAGGAGUUCCCUGUGUAGGAGUGUAGUGGGUAGUCAAAGGGGAAACAACGCGAAGGGGGGGACGAAGGAGGGGACGAAGCAAACCAAGAAAACUGAAAGUAGGAGAACGAAAGACGGGGUAGUCAAACGAGGGGGCACUGACGUGGGGGCUGCUCAGCAGGGAAGCGCGGUUUACUCCAGUGCAGGGAAAAAAGAGAGCUACCUGGAGAAGCGAAAAACUUAUUUGUUUUUUUUUAAGAGGGGCUUGAAAGACAAACUGGAGAAAAUGAAUCGAAAGGCAGAAGCAGAGGAAAAGCACAGGAAAAAGGUGGGGGGCAUUUUGCAGAAGCGAGCAGAAAUGGGUGGAAGUCGCGUUGGUGGAAGUCGCGCGGGUGGAAGCCAAACGGAGGAAAGCCGCGCUGAUGGAAACCGCGCUGGUGGAAGCCCCACCGAUGGAGAGAACCCAAAAGAGGAGGAACAAAACAAACUAUAUAAAAAAGUGAACCCAGGGGAACCGCAGGACGUGCCCCCAUUGGAAUCAACGAACCUGCAUGACGAGAUGGCGGCAUGCAGAUGCACCCCGCACCAUCACCCGAUCCAUCACCCGACCCAUUACCCUCACGUCAAUGCAAACGGAAAAGCAAACGGAAAAGCAAAAGAAGUUUAUUUCCACAGUGGGAACAAGGGUCCUAUGAAUGGCAGUUGGCACCAAUCGGUUAGCGGCAAUGGGGUGAAACUUCGAUCUGAUGUGACACCUACGAGGGGGGACAUUAACCUCUCUGAUGCGAGGAAGGUGGAGGUGCACUUUAGCCACUUGGACUCGAAGAAUGGAAGGAGCAAUCAUUCCUUGGGGACACGCAACAUGGCUCUAAGUUGGAAGGACAUUUCGAUUUCUCACUGCGAUCGGAAGGAUGGUGAAGCGGGACAUGGUGAAGCGGGGCAUGGUGAAGCGAGGCAUGGUGAAGCGAAGCAUGGUGAAACCGGACAUGGUUCAACGGGUCCGUCCCAAAUAGGUUCUGUAAGAACUGCCAAGGAACGGGACCUAGAAUCCCUUUCGAGGAGAAACCCAGCGACCGACGCGCCUUACACAGAUAAGGCAAACUUUCAGGGGUAUGAUGUAAAGGUACAGAAGAAAGGUUGCCUCCCCGAGGGGUUAAUGGAAAGAGAAAGAGUUUCAACCAACCGGGUUGCUUGUAUGUCUGCUUCGUAUUGGGACCAUCCGGGUGAUGAGGGGCCUUCACCCCGCGAGUGGAGACCGAAUGGGAAGCUGUCAAAGGGGCCGAUGCUGCGUAGACGGAUGGUAGGUGCAUCCAAGGGGGAAAAAAUAAACCCCAUGGAGACGACCCCAAUGUUGGCAGGUAGGACUGACACGAAUGUCGCAUGUGAAAGCACCACUGAGGGGAAAAGCCUAACUCAUGGAAAUGCAAAAAAGGAAACAGAAAGAGAAAGGUAUAAGCAAAAGGAACCGACCAGUUUUACACAACACCAAAUUGGUACAGGAAGAUGCAGCAAUGGUAGGACAGUGGAGGCACAUGGGAAUAUAAAGCAGGAGUGUUUGUCUCAUGCCAAGGAGGAGAGGAAAAAACGCCUUCUUAACUUCAACGAUGAAAUGAGAAGGAGUGGUGAGAAGAACACUCUCCAGAUGAACCCCAAGGUGGAGAGCCUUUCCGUGUGGUGGUCACACAUAGAACAGGGUACUGACACGUGCCUGCAGGAGAGCCAAGGGAAAAAAAAACAAAAUGCUACCUCAUAUUUGAAUUUAAAGGGGGACGAGAUGAAGAAAAAUUUCCGUUCGGCCCCUCACUUGGUUCACUUUCAUCCAUCCAAGGUUGAGUCCCACAUGCCGAUGUCUGUCGUAAGCCCAAGAAACGUCACUCCAGGUGGUGUGGGGGUCAGUCCCGAUGUGAAAAAAGUACCACCGAUUGUGCCCUGCAACGUAAUUCAGAAGGACGAGAAGCACAGGGCAGGGCCGUUCAGUGGUCACGAUAACGACGCAGUCGCCAAGGGGGCGAACCCAAAUGGUCGCACUCGUAGAGCGUAUCAUUUGCAAGGCAGGAACCGCUUGCCAAACGAGAAUCGCCUGCCAAACGAGAACCGCUUGCCAAACGAGAAUCGCCUACCAAACGAGAACCGCCUACCAAACGAGAACCGCCUACCAAACGAGAACCGCCUACCAAACGAGAACCGCCUACCAAACGAGAACCGCCUGCCAAACACGCAUCACUACGGGGCUCAAAAUAUUUUCAUCAGAUGCAACGGAGAGAAGGUGGCCUACCCAAUGGGUGAUGAUGCAUAUGGAAGGAGGAGCCAACUAGAGAGGAGGAAAAAUGACCAGACGAGAGGGAACCAAAACGAUGCGUAUGCUCAAGUGUUUGGAGCUACCAACCAAGGGGGGACAAAUAGGACCUGUAUGCCUCUGCACAGACCAAUUGGCUACGCAGAUCCGAGGCAGACAAAGAACAACUUUAUCUCAGGAAAAAACAAAAAGAAUUCCAAUUUGAGUAUCUUGUGGUGGAAGACUUAG